AUGGAGAAAAUUUUUGAAAUUCUCGGAGUUGAUGCUACGUAUUGGGAGGCGACUGAUGGGCAGGAUCUACCCAAGGACUACCCGUAUCGAGUCCUACCUGGAUAUAUGGACCCAUUUCAUAAGAGACCAAUCAAAGCUGGCGAAAUCGGAUGCUUUCUAAGCCAUUAUAGAAUCUGGCAGGACGUUGUGAAGCUUGGUCUUUCGCGAGUAGCCGUUUUUGAGGACGAUCUUCGUUUCACCAACGGCGGCUUGGAAAGGAUCAGAGAGGUGCUGGAGGAUCUUGACAAAUCGAAAACGGAAUGGGAUCUUAUUUAUCUGGGCCGGAAGAAACAAGCUGACCAGGAAGAAGUUUGGGUACGAAAUCACCGACAUCUUAGCACCGUAGGCUAUUCAUAUUGGACGCUCGGCUACAUUCUAUCGGCAGAAGGAGCGCGUCGCCUUCUCGAUGCAAAACCGCUGGACAAACUCCUCCCGGUCGACGAGUACUUUCCUAUCAUGUUCAAUAAGCAUCCAAACAAAGAAUGGACAUCACAUUUUCCCGUGCGAGAUCUCCGCGCAUUCACUUUGUAUCCACUCAGCGUAUUUCCUCAGCGAUACACCCAUGAGGAAGGUUAUGUGAGUGACACUGAGGAUUCCGUGGUCGUGGAGGAGGAGCAUGGCUCCGUAAUGCGAGAGAAAAAGGACGAAUUGUAG